GAAGGUCCUCAAGAACCAAGAAGAGCUCAGAGAGAAAGGACGGAGUCGGUCUGUGAUUCACUUAAACACAGUCAGAUAUCCAGCUGCGGAGUCAUGAGGGAGGACAAAAUGCUUACAAACGGAGAGCCCGAGGAGGCUGAGGAGGAAGAAGAGGAGGAGGAGGAUAUGGUGGACCCCUUAGAGACAAUCCGGAGUAAAUGUGAGCUAACUGAGCACUGCGUGCAUUUACGGGAGAAGCUUGAAACAUGUGAGGCACGAGUGAGCUCCCGGUCAAACACUGCAGAGGAAUGUACAGAGGAGCUGUUUGACUUCCUCCACGCCAGGGACCACUGUGUGGCACACAAGGUCUUCAGCAAGAUUAAGUGAAGAGAACAGACAUCUUGCCUCAGACCUCAUUCCCAUUGUUGGGAGCCCUGUGGCUGUGAAUUCUGUGUUUUAAAAUAAAAUAUUAAUUGUGGUGCGGGAGAGUUCUUCUCCAGAUUUGUUUGUCCUCAGUAAAUAAAUAAACAAUAUGAAAAAUUGCA